AUCUUAUCUAAAUCUAGACUUUUUAGUGCUUAACACUUCAUAGAAAAUUUACAUUUUAUUCAAUCUCGAUGAUAUCCGUACCAUCGUGCCCUUUAUUUAUUUCUGAGCGUAAUCGACUUUCUACUUAUUAAAUCAAUUAGCUAGAAUCAGUAUAGCUGGAAUUGUUUACAGUGGUUCGGUCUUCAAAGGAAGGUGUGUUUUCAUCCAAUACCAUUACUCAGGUUGCUAGUUAUGAAAACAUUGGAUUAAACUCCUCAUAAAAAACGAAGGAAAUCCUCGAGUUUAAUACAAUUAUGUAGUUUUUAAGUGCUUCAACACGGACUUUAUUUGGUGUGCUUUUCAGUUUCUGCUUCAGUUCCACCUGUGUCCGAUUGAUGUCUUCAAGUUGCACGGUCAAUCAUGGAUAGUGCUACAUUGACAAGAUUAGAGUCAGGAAAUCUGAGCGACAUCAAAUCUAUUCUUCAUUUCUUUUUACAACGGCAUGCUCAAACUUUUUCCUUUUCCGAAUUGAAUCAAGAUGACAGACGAAAGAAGUUAUGGAGCAUACUAUUUAAACACCUGAAUAAUCCAUCUCUUGGUGACUGCCAUGAAGAUUGUCUUGCAUGUUUGCGGAUUCUCAGCCGCGACAAAUGUAACCUGGAUUCCUUGAUGAAUAGUCAAUGGAUAGAAACACUCUUACUGAAAGCAGGUCUUAGAACCAGUGAAAACCAUAUGGAAGCAGCAGCAUAUAAUGAUUUUGCAGUUGUCAUAGAGUCUCUGAAAGUCUUGUCAAAUCUUCUCUUCCAAAGUCCUCAAGCUCAAGCAAUUUGUUGUAAAAAUGGAACUGCAGAUGGCAUCAUUCAACGCUUGCGUCUCUACUCGGAUCACCAGUUACCGCACAUGGUCAAAUUUUUUGACAUGAAAGUUCUGUUUUUACUCACUGCGCUCUCUCCAGAUAUCAGGCCAAGAGUAAGGGACAAUCUUCAUGGUCUGAUAUACUUAAUGGAAAUUCUAGAUUUAAUUUUGAAGCAAGGAACUACUGGUGGUCCAAUGGGUAUAGUUCUUCAUGAGGAGCAAGUUUUAUUGUCCUGCGAAGUUUUGAAAGUGUUAUUUAAUCUAACUGUUCGAGGAAACCUCCGGCCAGAGGAUGAGGAUGACUCUCUCAGUUUACGUCUUGUGGAAAUUCUUAGAGAGUAUCUCCUUUGCACCACCUUACCUUUGUCAUUCCUAGAUAGUUUUUACAGCAAUAUCAUCAACCUUUUAACUAAUUUGUCUGGGUCUGUUCUGAAACAUCUCGUAGUCAUUGAUAAUUCACAAGCACCAAACAUGGAUGCCAUUGCUGUCAUUUUGAAUUUUCUUGAUAAUCGUCUGGAUCAAAAACAGGGAUCGCUGACGGAAAGCAUCAUGCCUGCCAUUACUGUUCUAUUAGAGUGUUCUAGAUCUAGUCGAGAAGUGCGAAAGUAUGUUCGUCAAAUCGUUCUUCCACCCUUGCGUGAUACUCAUACCCGUCCAGAAGAAGGCAACACCCUUCGAAACAAACUUUGUAGUCUGCUCACUAGCCCCCACUCUCAUUUGAAAGACUUGGUUGCCGAAUUCCUUUUUGCCUUGUGUAAAGAAAAUGUUGAGAGGAUGAUCAAAUAUACUGGUUUUGGGAAUGCAGCUGGCUUAUUUGCUAAUCGAGGCCUCUUGCUGAAUACUCACAAGAAUUCCAAUAACUCCUCUGAUAGUGAAAACAGCGAAACCGAAGAGUAUGAACAAAGCAAAAAAGAUAUCAAUCCGGUAACCGGGUAUGUAGAACCAAAAAGACCAAACCCAUUGGCAGGAAUGUCAGAGGAGCAAAAAGAAUUCGAAGCCAUGCAAUUAGUCAGUAUGAUGGACAAAUUGACCAGAGAGGGAGUAAUACAACCAUGUCGCAUCGGUGAAGAUGGACGUCCACAAGCUGUCGAACAUAUCUUACAACUACAAGAAGACUUACCAAAACAGCAAAUGCAAAAUCAUUAGUAUUUUAUCUAGUCAAUGAAUGGGUAGUUGGAAUUGAAGAGAUAAAUUUUUCUCUUCGUCCCACUAAUUCCAACCGGUUGAAAACUUCCUGAUUUUUUUGCAGAAUAUUGCGUAAGCAAUUUUACCCACAAUCUUAUGUUAAGAAAUUCAGAUGGUUAUUACCAACCUAAUAUUUCAGGAAUUUUUUUACCUCCUUUAAAUGUAAAAGCUACUCUCAACCAAAUAAAAUGGCGCCAUAUGAACCACUUGACAUGGCUCCAAUUUUCAGCAGC